CUCUUCUCUUGAAUCCUCCUUCACUUUUCUUCGCAACCAUGCCACCAGUAACGAACAUGGACUCACUCCACAACAUGCCUGCAAAGGCACCCACCCAGAAAAUCAACAUCGCAGUUGUUGGACUGGGACGCAUGGGCAAGCGUCACGCAAAGACACUCAUGUACCGUACCCCCACCGCCAACCUUGUCGCCGUCUGCACAAUCGCCGAGCCCGAAUUGAAGUGGGCACGCUCCUUCUUCGGCCCUGACAGCGGGGUUACGGUUUUCGAUUCCUACGACAAGAUGCUUGAGACGCCAGGUCUUCAAGCGGUGUGGGUGUCUACCAGCACCGACCUGCACGCCCCUCAAAGCAUUGCUGCUAUCAAGAAAGGCCUGCACGUUCUUUGCGAGAAGCCCCUUUCGCAGAACAUGGACGAAGCGCGUGCGGUCGUCGACAUUGCCAAGAAGAACCCGCAAUUGAAAGUCAUGGCCGGCUACUCCAGGCGGUUUGAUGCGUCCUACCGUGAUGCAAAGGCCAAGGUCGACGCAGGGGCAAUCGGAAAGCCGUUUAUCGUCCGCAGCCAGACUGGUGAUCUGCGCGACGACACUGGAUUCUUUGUCCGAUAUGCCGCCAAGAACGGAGCGAUCUUUGUUGACUGUGCCAUCCACGACAUUGAUCUGAGUAUCUGGUACCUCGGAGAAGUCAUCCCGAAGGCUGUGUGGGCCAUCGGAACCAUUUCACACCACCCGGAGCUUGCUGAGUCCAACGAUGUUGAUAACGGGCUUGCCUUGGUCGAGUACUGGGGCGGUAAGAUGGCUUACUUCUACUGCUCUCGAACCCAGGGUCACGGCCAUGACGUGGCGACCGAAAUUAUCGGAACCCAGGGCAAGUUGAUGGUGAACGUUCACCCGCGCAUCAACAGGGUCCAGCUUGCAGACAGCCGUGGAAUCUCGAAUGAAGUCGAGCCGGAGUACUGGGAGCGUUUCGAGGACGCAUUUGCGACUGAGGCAAAUGAGUUCUGCGAGAGCAUCAUUGAAGACAAGCCCGUUCCCUUGCCACUGGAGCUAGGCUUGAAGAGCUUGGAGAUUGGCUGGGCUUUGCAGGAUGCCCUUUGGUCGGGCAAGAACGUGUUCUUCGACAAGGAGGGCAACAGGAUC